UUGACCUCGAAAUGUGCUUUAUAAUCAUAAACUGCAAGUUAAAUCUGAAAAAAGUCCAGAUUAGACCUUAGCUUUCGGUGCAGCUCUUAUUCAUGCCUGCUACUAAUAAGCUGCACAUUGUGUGAGAAGUCUUUUGAAGCAGUUCAACUCCUCCUCGCCAGUUUGAUCAGAUCCGCCUCCUGUCAGCGGUGCUCCAGCAACAGAUGCCGGCUGCACUCUGUCAGGGUGCACGGUUUCUCUGGACUCAUCAGCCAACAUUCACUGUGGCUAUGAAAAAGAUGACAAGGCGCUGUAAAGCGUAAUCCCUGCUGUGUCUGAUGACAUUUUGGAUACACUUCUCUGAUUCUGGAUCCAGACGCAGGGCUAUGAAAAUUUCUUGGCAGCUAAAUUAAUCGGUGACAGGCUGUGCCUGCUUAACAUACUUGCAGAAUUAUUUCUCCUGUCGGCGCUCUGUGAGCUUCACAACAUGUAUAAGUUAUGCAUUGUCAUCGUAAUGUGCUGUGCGUUUUCUCCGCGGGGCUUUGCAGCACCCAAGACCAUGGGUGCAGAUCCCAGGUCACAACUUGAGAGCAUUGAGGAGCAGAACGACAGACUGCAGGAGGAGAUAGAUGAUCAAGAGAGCAUCCUCUCAAAGCUGCUGGGUGAUUAUGACAAAGUGAAAGCCCUCUCGGAAGGCUCUGACUGUCGGUGUAAAUGUGUUGUCAGACCCCUGAGCAGGAGCGCCUGUCGGCGGAUAGAAGAAGGGAGCGCCUCUACGCAGGACUUCUACACUGUGGAGACUAUCACGUCUGGACCAGAGUGCAAGUGCGCCUGCAUCGCUCCUCCGUCAGCGGUCAACCCAUGCGAGGGAGAGUUCAGGCUGAAAAAACUUAGGGAAGCUGGAAAAGAGAAUGUCAAGCUGUCCACCAUCCUUGAGCUGCUCGAGGGCUCCUUCUAUGGCAUGGAUCUACUGAAGCUGCACUCCAUCACCAAUAAGCUCCUUGAUCGUGUGGAACACAUUGAAAAGGUACAGCAACAGUGGUGUCUCAAACAAACAAUGUCACGAAAUGAGGUGAAGCCUCAGGAGAGCCCUCCUAUUCAGGCAGAUGCGACUGAAAGCCCACCCACUUCUGCUCCACUACGGCAUCAGGACAAGAAGAGAAUCAGUGAGGUCAGCGGUGCAGCAGCCUAUCAGAACACAGAGGGAAAGUAUGAGGAGAAGUUUAUCGGGGAAAAUCUGUCCCUCCUACAGACAGAUGGUUCUGCUCAGAUCAUUGAGGUCAAACCUCAGGUGACUCCCAAAAAUGUGGCUGACAAGGAGGCUUCUCAGGUGUCGAAGGCUGGCCCCAACGGCAUGAUCAUCCGAGGAAUGACUUUUUAUAAAUCUGAGCCAGACCCGAUGGUGGCAGAUGACGGGGAGCCUGGAGAGAACUUUUUUGAGUAUCAUGGAUUCAGUGGUGAUGGCCCAGUAAAUCUCUUCAUUGAAGAGAAUCUUCUUCAGCACAGAGCUCCUCGCCCCAGGACGAGGGCAGGACCAAGAUCAUUUCGACCAAAGACUACAGCUCCUCUGCACAGUUCCAAGAAGACCAGCCAAUCAACAAAACUGAAAGAAACAGAGUCCACCUCAGAGACUCAUAAUGAGUCCAUCAGUGCCACUGAAACCACAUCAGUUGAUGUGUCUGCAGAUGCACAGAAUGACACAUCCAUGAGGAUGAGAAGUGUAACGUUUGAACCAACCACUACCACACAAAAAAACAGGACCACAGACGCUGCACCUCAGACUACUCAAAGAGUCACUGCUGAAAUCACUGAGUGGCCAAUUCACUUGAUGGAUGAGCCAGCCGGCACCUCCCAAAGUGUCACUGCCAAGGAAACAACCAUAACUACAAUGAAGUCAAGCCAUCCCUCUGAAAUUACAGCCACAAACAAAAUCCUCCCAGCAUUCACAACAAGAAAUACACCAACCACCAUGUUGGAAAUGUCUACCCUGGAGCUGAAAGAGCAAAUGCAAACCAUACCUGGUAGCACUGCAGCUAAUCCAAGCUCACUUGCUCCAAAUCCAACCACAGAGGCUCCAACUACCAGCCCAACUUCCACUUUGACCAUCACAACCCAUGCUGCCAUGACCUCAGCACCAAUACACCCUACAACAGCUUCUGCAAUAACUACCUCUGCACAGGCUACUACCACAACGCCAGAAGAAGAAUCUGAACCCACUGUCUUUUCAAGUUUAACUUUGCCUCUAACCACACAGAGACCAACCACUUUGCCACCACACACUUCUUUGCCUUUCACCACACCUGUGACUACCUCUUCGACAGCCACCACCACCACCACCACCACAACCACCACCACUACCACCACCAGGAAGGCUGCCCAAGUCAAACGGAAAUAUAAAAUCAGCUGGGAAGAGGAAGAGGAGAAGGACAGACACCUGGAAUUAGAUGAGCCAAUGCAAAGACAGGAGGAAUCUACUUCAGAAAAACAUGGGGAGUGUAAGGACACUUUGGCAACAAUCUCUGAGCCAGUAACUCACAACACCUAUGGCAGGAACGAAGGAGCGUGGAUGAAGGAUCCAAAGUCUGAUAAUGACAAAAUUUAUGUCACAAACUUCUAUUAUGGGAACAACCUCCUGGAGUUUCGCAACCUGGAGGUUUUCAAACAUGGCCGUUUUACCAACUCCUACAAGCUUCCUUACAACUGGAUCGGCACAGGCCAUGUGGUCUACGAUGGAGCCUUCUACUACAACCGUGCCUUCUCCCGUGACAUCAUAAAGUUUGACCUGCGUCAGCGUUACGUGGCCUCCUGGACCAUGCUGCAUGAUGCCCUGUUCGAAGAGUCGUCGUCACCGUGGGAGUGGCGCAGUCACUCAGACAUUGACUUUGCAGUGGAUGAGAGCGGCCUAUGGAUCAUCUACCCAGCGCUGGACGAUGAGGGCUUCUUACAGGAAGUGAUCGUAUUGAGUCGUCUGAACCCCAUGGACCUCAGCAUGCAGAGGGAGACCACCUGGAGAACUGGGCUAAGGAGAAACCACUACGGGAACUGCUUCAUCGUGUGCGGCGUCCUUUACGCUGUUGACAGCAACAACCAAAAGGACGCCAACCUGGAAUACGCCUUCGACACGCACACAAACACUCAGAUGAUUCCCAGAAUGCCCUUCACCAACAACUACACCUACACCACGCAGAUUGACUACAAUCCCAAAGAGGGUGUGUUGUACGCAUGGGACAAUGGACACCAAGUCACAUAUAACAUUAAGUUUGCUUAUGUAGACCCUUAGUAAGGGUUGACCGUAGUUAUUUUUAAAAGUUAAUUCUAUGGUUUGAAUGGAUUGUAGAUCAGUCCACAUGGCCUUCAGUGGAGACAAAUGGGGGCCAAAUGUACAUAUAUACUUCAGUAUAUUGUAAUUAAAUUGCUUUGUUCUUAUCAAGAAUGUUUUAAAUUUUGCCUGAAAUAAAUGAAAAAGUGAGCCUGAUUCCUCAGUCAAAAAAAAUUCUCUCUGAACAAAUCCCCAACUUUUGUGGACAAAUUCCAUUUUUCUGUUUUAUACGUUAUUUUAUAUUACAUGUUUCUUCGCAUCAUAUGCCACAGGUCCUUUGUCUUGUGAAAGCACUUACUCCCUCCAUAUCAGACUGCUUUGAGGAGACUGCAAUAAAGUUUGGAAAUACUAACGGAAAA